GCCACGAGGCAGCAACGACUCGUGUUCCUGCAGGCCUCGACUCUCUCUUUGCGUUCAUCGAAAGAACUCGCGUUCGUCAUCGUCUACGAUCUUUCUCUUUUUCUUUUAUCUAGAAAAAAAAGAGCAAAAAAAAAAAAAAAAUAAAAAAAAAAGAUAAAAGAAAAAAGAAAAGAAAAAAAAAAGAUCUCGAUAGAUACGAGAAUUAAAAGGAAAAAGUUUGGCCAGACGCGUAGGCAGCCAUUUUGGAGAACGCGAAAUUCGAUCGAGGAGGAUCGAGUGAAAGAGAAGAAAGUGUCCAAAUGGAAUUUUAUCGAUAUACGAUGACGACGAUAGCCAUUUGAUAAAAAACACUUUCUUCCUCUUUUAUAUACGUAUACAUAGACAUAUAUAAGAUCGACGACAACUAUUCGUUAUCUAGGAAGUGAAAAGAUCGAAAUCGAGAAGAUCAAGAGGAGAAGAUUUCUCGGAAAUGUUUUGAGUUAGUCUCGAGCUAAGGAAGCGCGUGCGUGCGUGCGUACUCUCCUUCUUUCGAAAGAGAAAGCAGACGUUCGUCGAUCGAUUUUUUCUUCUUCUUCCUCCUCCUCCUCUUCCGUCUUCUCCUUUUCUUCGAGUCGCUGCUCCUCGUAUCGUUGAUUUUUUAACCUCGAAAGAAAUCUUGCGAUUUUUCUCGAAAGAAAACGUAAUUGACUUGAAAUUUGCAUUAUACGACAUCAAAUUCGUUUAGAUCGACUUUACGAUUCGCAUUUGUCCUUAUAUCGACGAAGAAUGAAAAAAUCCUGAAGGACACGACGACGUAUCGUUGUUAUUCCUUCCCGAAGAUCUCGAUUUGCUCGGUUAUCGAUCAUCAUCGACAAUGGUACUUUGAUGUACACGAUCUAUCGUUACUACCGCGCUGAUCCAUGAUCCGUGCGAUGAUCGGCAAGACAUUAUUAUUGGUCCUUUGGAUACUUCGGUGGAUCAACUUUCUCGGAGAUCGCACGCUGGCCGAGGCAUGGCCGACGAGCCUCGACGAGUCACUCGACGAGAGAAACGAUGCAGAAAUUUUUCGAGCAGUCGUCGAAUCGAUGAGGGAAUGGUCGCUUCACAAACGCGAACGUCAUAGAAGCAAACGGGAAGUGUCAAAGGUUUGUUACGAGGACAUUGGCUGUUUCGAAGAUACCGGACCCUUUAGCUAUCUCGAGAUGUUACCUUCACCACCAAAGGACGUUGGUACCAGAUUCCUGGUUUACGGUAGCAGAAAGGCAAGAUCGAUACCUAUGGAAGUACCUGCCGAAGAUAUAAACGAUAACGCUCACCGUGCCAUAGAUCCCGAUCUACCGACCAAAGUUAUCGUACACGGCUUUGGAUCUAGUUGCGAUCACGUGUGGGUUUACGAGAUGAGAUCGGCGCUAAUGACCGUUCACGAGUGUAACAUCGUGUGCGUAGAUUGGGGCCCAGGAAGUGCCGUGCCAAAUUACGUUAGAGCAGCAGCUAAUACUCGACUGGUAGGACGGCAAUUGGCCAAAUUGAUCCGUAACUUGGAAGUUCCCCAAGAGAAGGUACAUUUGAUCGGCUUUAGCCUUGGUGCACACGUAGCUGGUUUCGCUGGAGCAGAACUUGGAAACGUUUCUAGAAUCACCGGAUUGGAUCCAGCUGGGCCACUCUUCGAAUCUCAAGAUCCCAGAGCCCGAUUGGACGAGACAGAUGCUAAUUUUGUCGACGUGAUACACAGCAAUGGUGAACAAUUAAUACUCGGAGGACUUGGUUCUUGGCAACCAAUGGGUGACGUUGAUUUUUAUCCCAAUGGUGGAAGAAUGCAAACUGGCUGCUCAAAUAUUUUCGUCGGAGCUGUAUCCGAUAUCAUUUGGUCUGCCCCGGUUGAAGGUAGAUCUCUCUGCAAUCAUCGGCGUGCUUACAAGCUCUUCACCGAUUCCGUCAGUCCAAAAUGCCGUUUUCCUGCGUUCCCCUGUCCUCGUGGCUACGAUGGUCUUCUAAAGGGUGAUUGUUUUCCUUGCAACUUUAAUGGCGAAGACAGGCCUUGCGGUGACAUGGGUUAUUACAGCGACAAAUUGCCAGCCAGAGGUCAGCUUUAUCUAAUAACGAGAGAUGAAGAACCAUUUUGUGCUCAUCAGUACAAAGUGAAGGUGUACAGUAGCCGCGGCGAAAGGCCAACCAGAAGUUAUGGCAAAUUGCAGAUAACUCUGAUCGGCGAGGGAUCCUUCAACGAGAGCUUUGCCAUGACACGAAAAGAUGAAGAACUUCUAGUGGGAGUUACGCUUCAAAAGAUCGUUGUUCCUCAUCCGGCGGUAACUAACAUAGAAUCCAUCGAGAUCAAAUAUACAGCGUACAGUGGAUGGUUAUCGUCAGGCCUGGUUACUUGGAGUAUAGACAAGGUAGCGUUGGUCGAUAGCUUCGGUAAAACAUUAUCGAUAUGUAAAAAAGGUUUAAUCCUUGAGUCUGGACGAGCCAGUCAUCUACCGCUCUACCCAGGUGAUUGUGAAGUACCUGUUGAAGGAGAAAACAUUACAAGUCCUAUGAUAGUUCCAUUGGAACGCAUGGUUCAAGACAGACAAGGCGGUAUAGGUCCUUUCACGAAGGAUCAGAAUUAUGAUAUUAGAAAUGCUUAUUCUAAUGAGUUCACAUCGAGGAAGAAACCUAACUCGAAGGGCGUUGGUCCGUUCACGAAGGAACAAAAUCUUAGAUCGAUCGAAGGAUCCAACGAAUAUGAGAACUCUGACGAUCCUCCUGACAAUUCUUGGAAAAUCGUUGAUAUUUCGAACGACGCCGAGUCUAAUUCUUUGGAUAAUAGCGAAACCGAAGGUGGAAGAAGUUUUUCCGGCUCGAAUUUUAUCGAACGAGUUUCGCCAUUCACCGAGAUCACCGCUGAAGACGUCACAACGAAACAAUACUUGCCAGAAAUUCGAGAACCCGUGUUACGUUCUAACAAGAAAGAAUCUGGAAGAUCUCUAAAAUUGUCUGAGAUCACCGAACCAAUUUUGAGACCACGCUCGAUGAGACAGAACCUAACUAAUAUUUCCUCGGACGAAGACAGACAAGACGACGAGAUUCAAGAGACCUCGUCGACGUCUACCAGAGGCUUCACCGUACAGUUUUUACCAGAAAGAUUAGCCGGAAUACUUGCACAAGCCGAGAAAUAUGCCAGGCAAACGUUGUUGCCAUUGAUUUCACAAUAUACACCUAGUUUUGUGGGUGGUUUACCACGUCUAGAGGAACCUAAAUACUUUCCACCGUUGGGCGAUAGGAUGGAUAACAAAGAGUUUGUCGAAAGUACAGUAAGAUCGAGGGACCAACAUGCAAAACAAUUGGAUAUACAAAAAGAGGGCGUCGAAAAGAGUGAAGAGAAGGACGGGGAUGGUAUUGUCAUUGAUCAAACGAGCUCACUGAAUGGCAUAGAAAAUAAAGAGGAUAUUAACGUAACCGUAAAAAGAAAUGAAGGUAACGAGUGGGUGCCGAUCAAGGAACCGGAUGCCGCGAUAUCUCGGAGAAACUCUAACCUGUCUCGAUCUUUUGACGAGAAGGAUCAAGAGAUGGUUGCUUCGACGAAAAAAUUAUUAAACGAUUGGGUACCGAUAACAGAGAAUAUACGCCAAUCGACGGAUAAUCCUGUUAAAGAGGAUCUUUUAGGAUCUACGAGUUCUUCGACGGAUUCUGAGGAUUCUAUAAUAAUUACUGAAAGAUCAACGUCCGACGAUCAAACGAAUGACGAACGUAGGUUCAUACCAUUGAUAGAUUUUGAAAAUUCGAGCGAUUUUUUUCCGUCGACCAGCGCAAAUGAGAUUGCUGAGUCUCGCUCAACGAGUAGCCCAAUGGUUUACACGUCGCACAUACAGAAGAUUCCAAGGUCGACUUUGGACAAGAAGAGGGAACCUAAAACAUUCCCAAGGAGAACGAUGAUCUUUCCUUACGCUUACGAGAGAAGAAAGGACCCAAGAACGAGGUACAUACCGUUGAUUCCCGAGGAGGACAUCGGUAGAUCCAUAACGUCCAUCGAAAGAGAUCGUUGAUGAUCUAUCAUUCGGCCAUAACUAGAUUAUUAC